AUGCCUGCAGGCUGCGGCCGCAGGAGGCGGAGCUUCGUGAGUCUGUGUGGCGGGGGGGGCGUGAGGUUCUCUCGUGAGUCUGUGUGGCGGGUGUGCAGUGAGUUUCUCUCCCGGCCUCUUACGAUCGGAAUGGGAGUGAGGAUGUUUAACUUGGAUCCGUACUCGCGGCCGCUCACCAUUCACGUGUUGGGAGCCGCUCACAACGAGACCCUGGGAGCCAGAACCACAGACAUGGACGAGCUUGGUCGCAUGUUCCCGGGGCACCAGGGGCUGGAGGUGGUGAUGGUGGGGCCCGAGGUGGUCCAGGGGCCCAUCAUGAGGCCCCCGCUGAGAGCAUUCGGACCCCGGGGAAAAGUUUACAUCAGCGCUUACAAGGGCCUCUAUCAUCAGUUCUGGGAGGAAGCUGUGGAGAAAGGAGAAGCAGCCAAACCUGAUCUAGUGCUUGGAUUUCAUCCAGGAUUUGAGGGACAGGAAGUGAAUCAGGAUUGGUUAGCGACACUCCUGCUGCUACGAGAUUACAAUAUCCCGACUUUAUUCACCAUGAUCAA